AGAGCGAAGGGUCAAUAGAAAAGCAAGAGUGGCGGCCAAGUCUGUCCCUCCUCCCUUUCCCUACCUCUGCGGCCAGUCUCUUCCUAAACGCUCCCCUCGCCUUCUUCUCACGAGAUUCGACCCAAAGUUGCAUCUUUCCGUUGCCGUCGUCGAAUCCUUCGGUUUCUUCUUGUCGGAAUCUCCAAAAGGUGAGAUUUUGAGUCCGGGGGAUCGCCUGACUCGCAAUGGGUAACUGCUGCGCUGCUCCCGCCGAUCCAGAGAAGAAGAGGGCGAGGAGGAAGCGCGGCAAGGAGAAGCGCCCGAACCCCUUCGCGGUCGAUUACAACCGCGGGCCUGCCCCUACCCUCGUCGUCCUCAGGAAUCUCGCCGGCCGGAACCUCGGUAGUCGCUAUGAGCUUGGGCAGGAGCUCGGCCGAGGCGAGUUCGGCGUCACAUACCUCUGCACCGAUGUGGACACGGGCGAGCGCUUCGCCUGCAAGUCCAUCUCCAAGAAGAAGCUGCGCACCGCCGUGGACGUCGAGGACGUGAGGAGGGAGGUGGAGAUCAUGAGGCACUUGCCUGGCCACCCACACGUGGUGAGCCUGAAGGACACCUAUGAAGACGAUGUCGCUGUCCACCUCGUGAUGGAGCUCUGCGAGGGAGGUGAGCUCUUCGAUCGGAUCGUCGCAAGGGGGCAUUACACGGAACGGGCGGCCGCCGCCAUCAUGCGCACCGUCAUCGAAGUCAUUCAGGAGUGCCACAGGAAUAGGGUUAUGCACCGUGAUCUCAAACCAGAAAACUUCUUAUUUGGAAACAAAAAGGAAAAUGCCCCGCUGAAAGCGAUUGACUUUGGGUUAUCUGUUUUCUUUAGACCAGGCGAGCGCUUUACCGAAAUCGUUGGCAGUCCUUAUUACAUGGCACCAGAGGUUCUAAAGAGAGAUUAUGGCCCAGAAGUUGAUGUCUGGAGUGCAGGUGUUAUCUUGUACAUUUUGCUAUGCGGGGUGCCUCCAUUUUGGGCUGAAACUGAACAAGGUGUUGCACGAGCAAUUCUUCGUUCUGUCAUAGAUUUUAAAAGAGACCCGUGGCCGAGAGUUUCUGAUACUGCUAAACAUCUUGUGAGACAUAUGCUCGAGCCUGAUCCAGAGAAGAGGUUUACAGCCCAGCAAGUUCUUGAUCAUGCAUGGCUGCAGAAUGCAAGCAAGGCUCCUAAUGUCAAUCUAGGUGAAACAGUACGCGCAAGACUCCAGCAGUUCUCCGUGAUGAACAAACUCAAAAAAAAAGCCUUACGGGUUAUGGCUGAAUAUCUCUCUGUUGAGGAACUUGCAGAUAUAAAGGAAAUAUUUGAGAAGAUAGACAUUAACAGAAAUGGGAAGAUUAAUUUUGAAGAGCUGCAACUUGGUUUGCAUAAGCUUGGUCACCAAAUUUCAGAUUCUGAUGUUCGAAUAUUAAUGGAAGCAGCUGAUGUUGAUGGAAGUGGCACCUUAGACUAUGCGGAAUUUGCUGCCGUCUCAAUUCACUUGCGCAAAGUUGAAAACGACGAGCAUCUACACAAAGCCUUUUCAUACUUUGAUCAAAACAAGAGUGGAUACAUAGAAAUUGAAGAACUCAGUGACUCCUUGGCCGACGAUUUGGGAGCCAAUCGUGAAGAGGUGAUUAAUGCUAUCAUUCAAGAUGUAGACACAGACAAGGAUGGAAGAAUAAGCUAUGAGGAAUUUGCGGCGAUGAUGAAAGCGGGCACGGAUUGGAGGAAGGCAUCAAGGCAGUACUCGAGGGAGCGAUUCAGUAGCCUCAGCUCUCGGUUGAUGAGAGACGGAUCUUUGCAGCUGAGAAGUGAGGGUAGAUAAACACUGAACAAGCACAACUUUGUUUGGCUUUGGAUAAUUCUUUCUAGCUGAAUUGGUUUCUGCAAAAAGUUUGGGCUACAGCAUCAUUCUUUGUGCAGUUUUAUUUCAUUUCGAGUGGAAAUUAAAAGAAUAUUUUUUUUAAAAAAAAAUAUUUAAAAAUGUGUUUCUUUUAAUUUAUCAUUAUAAAGAAGACUUCCUUACUGUAAUAUUUUUGUUAAAUUUAUCUUUGAGUUGCC